AUGCCACUGGAGUUAGAGAAGAACAACAUAGCCUAUAAAUUUGAAUGGGACGAACCUUCUCUUGGUAUUCUCAAGGCUCGUGUUGAUAAACUUCCAUUCGAUAUGAAGAUGGACCGACGCAAGAAGGAUUAUGUGAGACUAAGAGGUGCGCUCGAUUUUGCAAAGGAUGCAGGCAAAGUUAUUGAAGCUGCUCCUGAAUAA